UUGGAGUCAAGUGGAGCUGCUGCAGUUUAUGCUGACGCUAUGAAUUCGCAGAGGGCAGAUUCGAACUAGCAGCAGGCUCAGCAUCACGCGGGCAGAUGCGUUUCACCUUCCCCCGUCAUCCGACGCACGCUACCGGCCGGCGGACGCGGAGUGGACACGGAGUGGACGGGGACGUGGACACGGAGACCCGGCGGCUGCAGCCAUGGCGCGGCGCUCCGGCAGAGGGAACCCCGGAACGGAGCGGGCUGUCCCCGCCUGACUUGAAGGGUUAAAGACACAUAAUGACCGAAUUAGAAGCCGCUGGUGUGGUGGAGCCUCCCCCACCCUAUAUCAUCUUUCUGGUGGUCUUCUUGUUCUUCAUGACUGGACUGCUGGGUUUCCUCAUCUGUCACCUGCUGAAAAAGAAGGGCUACCGCUGCCGAACUGGGGAUUUGGAUGAAGAGGAGGAUGAGGAGGAGGAGAAGCUUGGAGAAAGUGCAGAUGAGGACAAUGAGGACAACCAGGACACAGUGGAGCAGAUCCUUAAGUGUAUCAUAGAAAAUGAAGCUAAUAUGGAGGCCUUCAAUGAGAUGCUGGGAAACCACAACAUCUGCGUGCGCCAUGAUCCCAGGUUUCGUAAGGAGUCCAUUGGUGGUGCUCCUCCGCAUUUUCACACCGUCCACUCAGGCACCGACCACAACUCCUGCCACCUCUGUGCCCAAGUUCGCUCUAAAAAGGCUUGCCGACCCAGCAGAACGCCUCGCGUCAAACAGCGUCCCGGGGAGCAGACAGUCUUUUCUGUUGGAAGGUUUCGGGUGACACAUACCGAUAAGAAGCUCAAUGGAGGCUUUAAUGCGCUGGCCGUCUCCGGGGACCAGCUGGACCAGUCCCAGGACAGCGAUGACAGAAAGGAGGGGAGCUAUAAUUUGAGAAGCAUGUUUAAAGAAGGCCGAUCCCCUGCAGAAAGUGCUAAAGGAGGGGCUGCAAAUGUGGGGAAACGGAAGAAAAGUGUGACUAUAUUUGGUCUGAGACGGGGCAGUGACCCUAUAGGGAUAAAAGUAAAAGAGGGGACAAGGAUGGAGACUGAAGGGAUCAAAUUUGCUGCCCAGCAGCCACCUGUAGUUCUGGAGGAACCUCAACAGACAGAUACUGAACAUAGUAUAAAACCUGCUUCCAAGCCUCAAAGUGAGCCUGUUGGAGCUCAGUGGGAGGCUAAAGACUCUGGUUCUGUUCAUUCUCUCCCUAUCCAGGGUCAGAAUCAAGCUCACAACUCCAAUCUGGGUUCUCUGGAACAAAUCAAACUCGUUCAAAGUCCUAAGCUUCAUGCACAAAGGCUGACACCGCCUCCCAGUGGGAGCACAGCAGUUUCUGUUCCCACCUCACUUUCUGCUCUAUCUGACAAAACAGUCAAUGUUGAUGAGUUCAAAAAGGGGGAGGAGGCUUACAGCCCAGGACCAGUACAGACCUCAACACCCAUCGCCCCAAUGCCGGCAUCCACCUCAGGUUUUACUCCUGCUAUAGCCACUGGUAAGUCCGAGCCCGGCACUCUCCAAGGAUCCUCACCUGGUCAGACUCCCUCCGAGCCCAUCUCCAGCACUGAUCUAGAGCUAGGAUCUGGUGCUGGAGCGAUGCGAAGUUUAGGUUCCUCCCCUCCAUCUUCUGACCCGAACAAGACUCUGCUCUCGGUGACUUCGGUAAAAUCUCCUACCUCAUCCCUGGCACAGUCGCCAAGCCCCCAAAGUAGCUCAAGAAAGUCACCAUUGAAGGAAACGGGAACUGCCUCUUCCCCCACCCUCAUAUCACACCCUAAAGUCCUGCCAGACCAAGAAAAGCUGAGCCCACCUACUCAUUUAUUGUCCUCUUUGGGAAAAAAUGCCAGCCCUUUAGAAGAACAAAUGCCAUCUCCCACAGUGGUUGACCCAAAGCGAGCAUUCACAAGCCCGUCCUCUCCCAGAAUGAGGUUACCUGUAACCCAACCGGACCUACAAGGAGACACAGUCCCGAAGACUGAAGAAAGAAGUGAAAAAAAGAGAGCUGGGAUUCUAAAAAACGCUAAAAGGUCUCCAGAAGCAAUAAAAGAAUCCGGCGCCUCUCCCACUGGGGAGCGUUUUAAAGACAGACCGAGCAGCUUGUCACCUUCAAGUCCAUCAUUCCCAACCUCCCCUCAAGGAGGCAGAAUAAGCAGCGUGACCGUGGUAAAAGCCAGCCCCGACAGCAAGAGGGAGUUCUCUGUUGUCACCAUGGUCGACGAGGAACCCUCUUCUCCAGUUAAAGGUCAGAAAGCAGAGACUUCUGAAAAAGCAUUGGGAUUAGGAGAAGAGGAUAGGAGCCCGGCUUCCUGUGAACAAAGAGACAUUUCUGUUGGUCAGUCAGAGGGUCCGACAAGAGAAACUUCAGGAACGAAGAUUAGUCAAGUGAGUCAAGAGAAGGAAGUUAUGAUGGAGAUGGAGGACAUUAAAGGGUGCAAAGUCGCGCCGGCUGAGGAAGAGAAAUGGGCAACAGGAUGAUGCCCACUCAUCCAGAAGUGAAGUCCUCAGAUGGUAAAAGGAUUUCCUCUGAGAGUGACCCCAUUCAGUCAGCUACAAGAAAUGAGCAUUUAUAAAACUAACCAAUUUAGAUCAUCAUUAGUAUGCUUUGAAAUAUUUAAGCACAGCAGUAAAGAUGUUGCAGGGAGACUGGAUAGGCCGAUUGACCGAAUGGACCACUGUAGAAAAGAGUUUUUUUUCUAAGAUUUUCUUAAAUUUGAAACGUGUGAAUUCUUUUUGGUUUGAACAGUGCCUGUCUAUGCUGCUAACACCACAGAGAUUUUCCACCGCUCUCAUUAUGUGUGGGAUGUAUGUGUGAGAGGGAGGGAGACGGGCCAUAGCUGCAUUUCCUCACAGAAUUAGCCAGCUUCUACCUAAAGACCUACAUUCCACAGAUUUAGCUCAGACAUUGGCAUUGUCCUCAAGAUGAAUCAUGGAUGUUAGUUUAAAAUGCAACAGGGAUGUGGGGAAAUGUUGCGAUUUAAAGGAGUCCAAACCUUUUCAGAUCUUUGUGCAAAUUUACCCAGUCUGUCGAGCCUCUUAAUCAUUCUCUGAGACUCUCAGAAACCUGCUGAGUUAAUUCUGCAAUACACUUAUCAGAAAAAUCAAACUCAGAUAAGAUUCCCUUUCUUAAACAUGAAAAUGCUCACAGUGAUUCAUAAUUUCCCCCAUCCAACCACAUCCAACUGUGGUUUACAAUGACCUUCUAUCUGUAAAUGUUCAUCUCCUUUUGCCCCCUCACGUGUAGAAGAAUCAAUGAUUAAUGAAGCACAUGUUUUUGCUCCUGUCUUUGACUGGCUUCUUUUCAACAUUCUAAAUGGUCCACAGACUACUAUGGUUCCAUGAUCUGGCCUCAUUCUUAGGCUGCUUCAUUUAAUUCGUUUAAAUCUCUGUCCCAUUUGCCUUCACUUUAAAAACCAGUCCAAGCCAUAUUUAUCUAUAAAGCACAUUUUAAACAGGCGGACUGAUCCAAACUGCUGUACAGUGAAAUGUAGAUUUAAAACCUUUAAACACAAACGUGCAAAGCUGCCUCAAAGCAAAUACAAAAAGGCAGAAGAAUUACAGCUUCAGCUUGAUGUCUGCCUUAACUGUACAGAGGCACCUUUUAGAACCACAGCCUACGAUCACUGCACCAUUUGUCGUUGCUCUUUUUUACGUUGGGCUCCACAAAAACUGAGUUUAAAAGAGAGUUUCAAUGCUGAAGAAGGGGCGGCACCAGAGGUAUUAACUUCUGCUUUCUUUUCAUUCAAAAGUCAUUGAACUAAUGCUUACAGGCCACAUUAGGUCUAUACCCGAUUCUAGUGAUAUUUAUGACUUCUUAUACUCAUUAAGCAUAUCACCAAGUCACAUGUUAAAGUCAAAUGUUGAGACACAUAACACACCCUAUCACAAACUUAACGACUUGAGUUUUUAAAUAUGCACGACUUUAACCAGGAGAAAAGAAUCGAACAAUCUGGUAGAGCUGACUGAUAAAGUGUUUUUAGAUAAGCAGCGAUCUUAUUUAUGAUUGUUUCCUUACGUUCUACACUGAACCACUUUACACCCCUCCACAGUGCGAAUCGUCCACUGCAAACACAAAAUGGUGUGUACAGAAAUGUCCUAAUGGUGCAGUAAGAAGUGGGCAUACUGUUAUCUGUGUAUGUAUACUUUCUCCAAUAAAUGGCAGCUUGCUGUGAACAUUGCAAUUAAACCUACCGUUUCUACCCAUUUUUCACCUUUAAACGACCGAGGUAAGUAAUUCUUUCAUCUUAUAAUGUAUUCGACUCCAAAAUGAACUGUUA